UGCUGUAUCUUUAAUUUUCUUUUCUGAAGGAAGAAAGUCUGCAUAGCAAUGACAGGAGCACUUGUUCAUGCCUUUAAUGUGUGAUCUGUUUUCUCCAGUGGAGGGCACUCAGUGUAUCACAAACUAGAACAUUAGCACCAACAAGCUCCAAAGCAUCAUCACUCUCUGGAAAGCCUUCUGAAUUAGACAGGAGCUGCCUCUCAGCACAGCUACAAAACACUUUAAACCUGACCAGCUAAAUGGAUAAAGCUAUCCUGCACAGCCUUUAACUGGGGGGUUACACGGCACGGGAGGCCUGCCUGCUUCGGGAGCUGGGAGCUGGAGAUGGAUUGCUGUGUCUGGGAAUGGCAAAAGGCAGCAGAAUGAGAGAUGCUAGGGAACUUUGUGUGGGGCUCUGGCAUGCACGCUGGAUGGCGGUGAUGCGAGCGGCAGCCGCGCUGUGACAUGAAGAUUCUGAUGGUUUAAGGAAAAGAGAGCAGUUUUAAAAAGAAGAGCGAGGCAAAGGGGGAAAAAAGGCAAAAAGGGGAAGAGAGAGCGAAGAAAACAGCUGGCGAGAGGAAGAGGAGGACGUUUGUUGGUGACAAAAGGAUGGGUUUCCACUUAAUUAAGCAGCUGAGGGGCAUGAGUGUGGUGUUAGUGCUACUUCCUGUGGUGCUGUUUGUUGUGCUUGCGGGGGCUCAGCGAGCUUGCCCCAAGAACUGCAGAUGCGAUGGCAAGAUUGUGUACUGCGAAUCUCACGCGUUCAGAGACAUCCCUCAGAAUAUUUCUGGAGGGUCUCAAGGCUUAUCAUUGCGGUACAACAGCAUUCAGAAGCUUAAAUCGAAUCAGUUUGCGGGCCUCAAUCAGCUCAUAUGGCUUUAUCUUGACCAUAAUUACAUCAACUCCGUGGAUGAGGAUGCGUUUCAGGGGAUCCGCAGGCUGAAGGAAUUAAUUCUGAGCUCCAACAAAAUUACCCAUCUGCACAACAAAACGUUUCACCCGGUCCCCAACCUCCGCAACCUGGACCUCUCGUAUAACAAGUUGCAGGUGCUGCAGUCUGAGCAGUUUAAAGGCCUUCGUAAGCUCUUGAUCUUGCAUUUGCGGUCUAACUCGCUGAAAUCUGUCCCGAUCCGAGUUUUCCAAGACUGCCGCAACCUCGAUUUUCUGGAUUUGGGCUACAACCGCCUGCGGAGCUUAUCCCGAAAUGCUUUCGCUGGCCUUUUGAAGUUGACAGAGCUCCAUUUGGAGCACAACCAGUUUUCUAAGAUCAAUUUUGCCCACUUCCCACGCCUCUUCAACCUUCGCUCGAUUUACUUGCAGUGGAAUAGGAUCCGGUCUAUCAGCCAAGGGUUAACGUGGACUUGGAGUUCCUUGCACAACUUGGAUUUAUCAGGAAAUGACAUUACAGGGAUAGAGCCUGGGACGUUCCAGUGCCUCCCCAACCUGCAAAAGCUGAACCUGGAUUCCAACAAACUCACCAACAUCUCUCAGGAGACCAUCAAUACGUGGAUCUCGCUCAUCUCCAUCACUUUAUCCGGAAAUAUGUGGGAAUGUACUCGAAGCAUUUGCCCUCUGUUUACUUGGCUUAAGAAUUUCAAGGGAAAUAAAGAAAGCACUAUGAUAUGUGCAGGCCCUAAACAAAUCCAGGGUGAAAAAGUGAGCGAUGCUGUGGAGACAUACAAUAUCUGUGCCGAAAUCCAGGUGGUGGUUACUGAAAGAUCGUAUCAGGCUCCCAAAACCCCCCAGAGACCUGUCUUUAUUCCUAAGCCUACCGUUUCCAAACUUGAAAGCAAUCAGCCAACGUCUGUUGUGCCAAGCCCUUCCACUGACCUCCCAACACCUGCAGUGGAACCCGAAUACGAGCACGUUUCCUUUCACAAAAUCAUUGCUGGGAGCGUGGCCCUCUUUCUUUCCGUGGCCAUGAUUUUGUUGGUUAUCUACGUGUCGUGGAAGCGCUAUCCAGCCAGCAUGAAGCAGCUCCAGCAGCAUUCGCUCAUGAAGAGGCGCAGGAAAAAGGCCAGGGAGUCUGAAAGGCAAAUGAACUCCCCUUUACAGGAGUAUUACGUGGACUACAAGCCAACAAACUCUGAGACCAUGGAUGUAUCUGUUAAUGGAUCUGGGCCCUGCACGUAUACCAUCUCUGGCUCCAGGGAAUGUGAGGUAUGAACCAUGAUCCUCCUAAAACCAUUUCAGCUGCUGGGAAGGAGAGGUAAAUGUUUGAAGCUCUUGAGGUGUCUCUAAAU